GCAAAGGUCAGCAGCCUCAGUUUCUGUACGAAGAAAUCACUUGCGACACAGUUGGAGAGUCAUUGGUGAGGUGCCCUCGCUACUGACAAGAUAUGCUAAAUAGGCCUACAUGCCGUUACAUCGCCAAGAAGGAAGUGCACUGAAUGCCAAACACGCAAUCUACCGGUACUUGUAGUACGUGACUUGGCUCUGACCUGCUCUUGACCCCUCGUGUAAUCGCCUAACGUGACUUGUAUUCAGUAAGAGUUCGUUCGCAGAAAAUAUUUUAAAAUGAAACUCCUCCCUCCUGAUCUCCCACGUCACUAGACAUAGGGUUUGGCACGCAGCUGAAAAUUGGGAAAAGGGCGGGCGGAACAGCGUGCAUGCUCUCUAGAAAUCCCGUGGCGACUUUGGCGUCAAGCACAUGAUGUUGGCAAGGGGUCUGGCACUAUUUUCUGGUGCCAAUUAACGCAGGUGAGGUGGUUGUGUCCGCAGUGUGCUGGGUCAGUCACAAACUAGGUUUUACUCUGUGAACAUUAUAAUAAUACAGUGCAACUUAUCGAGUGCGCACGUUAAAACAGAAAAAAGCGAAGCUUUGUCUUUUCGCAACAAAAGGGUUGUGUCUAAUGGCUUGCCACCAAACGCGUGCUGACGUCUAAACUAAGCAAACGACCUGGCAAGUCUCAUGGCGUCCACAACCUGCCAAAUAGAAGAAAUCCCGAGGGAGGAGUUGUCAGUGCCACAGAUUCAUUUGCAGAUCAUACACCUGAACUCUUCUUCCCUCAACGGCGAUGCAUCGGGGGGCUCCCUGCAGCAGUUCAACCGCAAACCCAUCGUGCUGAAGCGCUUGCAUAAGUUGCAAAGUUUUGACUAUCUCUUGCAAGAAUCAAAUGAAGACCAUGCGAGUUCUGGAUUACGCUCGCACCUACAGAACCGUAGAGGGUCGUCUCGGAAAGCAAAAAGUGUUGAUAAUGACGAAAAAUCUGAAAACAUCGGCAGCAUACCCCACAGAGAAGACGACGAAUCUGUAUAUGUGCUCUUUGUAAAAGGAUUGAACAGUACUUUAGCUGGAGAUAAAGACAAAAUUUUGAAAAGCCUAGCCCAAAUGUUGAACAAGCACACAGUUUCGGUUGCUGCCAAUGAGUAUAAACUUUUCUGUCGCCCAAGUUCCUCUUCAACUAAAUCCACCUUGAAACAUGUCUGCCUUCACACUGGUAUGUUGGCUGUGAAUGAGAUGCUGGAUGAAGGCGCAGUGGAUGUCUCGAGGUAUGGUUUGGUGGGCGCUGCUCAGUGUCUCGCCCUUACUCUUUAUUUCAACAAAAAUUUAGCAUCCAUGGGGAGGAAUGUUUGGAACAGUAGAGUUGCACAAUUCCUUACAGACACUUGGAUGAGCUUUGGCUGUGUGGCAGCUGUGGUGAUAGCCUCUAGACAAUGAUCAUUAUUUGUCAUGACCAAGUUUCAUCUUAGUAAAUAUUAAUGUAAUGAAAUGUUUCAUGUACUUAUUGUGAUACAAGUAAACGUGAUAGUUUUAUAAUUACCAUCGAUCUGGCAUCAUCAGGGCCUUAUGAGUUUCCCUUCAAGUUAUGGACCAAAUUUGUGAUAGCUUAGGCAUGUGAUUACAUAAUAUUGGUAAUUUGUAUAUAAUUAAAAUCACUGUAGACAGUUAUUUACUACCUCAACAUGUGUAUACCCAUAAGAGAAAUCAACCAUAGUCUGCAUAAAUUGGUCUUGCAGGUUUAGCUUUCCAUCUGAAUUAACCUCUUUAUUAUAGACCCACAACCCCAUUCUCACUAGAUAUUAAAUACCACUUGUACUAACUCUCCUUACCUUCAUGCAUAGGUUAUCGAACUUAAUAUUAUUGUUGCAUGUCCAUAGUAAAAAAGUAAUUUCUAAAGCCAAAUCUAUAAAGCAUUAUAUUUUUCUAUAAUGCAACUUAUUUAUUAAGAAAGGUUCAUGACUUACCUCUCUCACGAAUAUUAUAGAAGUUGUAUAUAAGUAAUGUAGUAGUUUAAAUGACAUUUCUCCCAUUAAAUACAUAUAUAUAACACUGUUAAAAUAAUGGUUACUUUGUGACUCCACAAAGAUUGCACAUCUGAAUUAAAGGUCUUCUUACUCAUCAUUAUAAAUAAGAUGCACUUAAUCAGCUGCAGCUUAACAAAUUGCCAAAUGAUUACAGGCCAAACAUAGAACCUGGGUAUGACAUGUGUUAUGUAUGCAUUUUCUGUUUUGGGUGACUAAUUGUACAUUGCCAAUAUUAAGUACCCAUAAUUUUCAUUUUAAAAGUUAUCUGGUAACAUAUCUCAAAAUAUUUAUCAGGCAGCAAUAAGUUCCUGUUGACUGGGAACAAAAUCUGACUGCAUUUUGACAAUCCAUGUAUUUGUUUCAUAUAUCAGAAUAUUAAGGACUGGUAAUUACCUAUGUUUAUAUAAAAUGCCUAUUUCAAUUAGGAAUCAUAUAUUAUAUCCAUAUCCCUUAAAGGUUGUAUGUACCCUCAUUUGCAUUUAUUGCAUUUUAAUGUGAAACGAAUCACCUCUAUCUGCUAUAAUGGAAUCUACAGGUCAAAAUAUACAUAAUGUGAUUAAUGAACAUCAUGAUCAUUUUCCAGUGUCCUAUGGGACCACUGGUAUGCUUUGCUCUGACUUGUAACUGAGCAUACCUAAAUGAAGGAUAUAUGUAUCUUUGGGUUAGAAUAAAAAUGUUGUACAGUGUUAGGAUGGUUACUUAAAGGGUAUGAUAACAGGAUUAAUAACAGAUAUAAAAAGUGUGUUUACUCACCUAGAAUUUUAAGAGCUGCUGCAGAUACUGCUUUUCCUGCAGCAUUUUCUGCAACAAUAGUGAUGAUACCUGCUUGAAGUUUGGAUGUUGUAGGUAACUCCAGAGAAUGGACACUUCCUCGGUUGCCAAUAAGAUAUUGCAGUUGUCCAUGUAAAUAUUCUUGACCAGUGAGAUGGCAGUCAUUCAGUGUCCAGUAUACCUAGGAGAACAUUGAUAUGAGUAUCAUAACGUAAACAAGAGUCUUUCAUUGAGUAUAUUACACAUGAUUAUUGUUAGCAUUUACUUUUUAAUGAUAUUGUUUUUAUUGUCUUCUAGGGUUUCUACAAUUUCUCUGAGGAGUUAUUAUAAGCAACACUGAUAUCAUAAUUUUAUGCUAAUGAUACUGUGGUGUCCCCAUUCAGUCUUUAUAAUUGUGUUCAAUUCAUAAGUACUUGAAUGUAAUAUGUAUUCCAUUGAGAGUCCUAUGAAUACUGUAUGUAAGAGUUAUAUCUGGUUGAGAGCGAAAAACAUUUUAUGUAUUCAUUUAAGGAUGAUGUUCAUGGAGUCUGCAUGAGCUUUAUGACUUCCUUAAGGCACUUAUUUUAUCAAGGAUUUACUUAAAAUUUCUGGAGUUCUUAUUGACAUGUUUUAUAUAUUGUCCUUAACUGCUGUACUUAUUUUUUGUAACUAGGUUUAAGCAUACUUGUUACAGUAUUUGUUUUAAAAUAAAAUGAGGGAUAUGC